AGAAAAAAACUGCCACCCAAAAGAGAAAAGAACGUAUGAUUUUUGGACCCGUGGCAGUCAUAUAUUAUAAUAGACGAAUAGAGUUGUAUCGUCUUCGUCCGUAUGAGUGAUUGCUUUUUUGACUUACCUGCUAAGUUUCUUCAUUUGUAUUACACUCUCAGCUCACUCCACUUCCCUCUCUUUCCGAAAUCGUUCAUUCUCUCACUAAUUUCUAGGGUUUCGUUCACGCACUUUGUCUCAGAAGUUCAAAAGCUUAAGCUUGAAGGUUUCCCGCUUUCUGGAUGAUAUGGAGCCGGAAACGCUGUACCAGAAAGGAAAGAAAAGGAUGUUGAGUGAAAUCAAUGAUGGUGGGAGUAAUAGUAUAGUUAAAAUAUAUAGGUUCAAAAUUCUUUUACCAAAUGGAACAACCAUUGGUUUGAAUUUGAGAGAAUGUGGUCCAAAAAUGCCUCUAGACGAGUUUGUUAGUUUGGUGAAAGAUGAAUAUUCUCGAGUUGUGCAACGUUCCAAAUCAAUGCAAUGUAAAAGACGUAUCAACUGGAAUGCUGGUUCUUUAUUUCUGCAAGAUGCAAAUGAUGCCAAGAUGACAAGCAUUGUGGAUUUCAAGAAUUUCAAGCCACAUAAAUGCCACAUUUUAAUACUUCACGAUGGUUCCAGCAAAGUUGCUGAAACUUUUGAGAAUAUGUGGGAUUUGACGCCUGAUACUGACUUGUUAAAGGAGGUACCAGAAUCGUACACAUUUGAGACUGCUCUUGCAGAUUUAAUUGACAAUUCUCUGCAAGCAGUAUGGUCAAACAGUAAAAAUAAUCAAAGACUUGUAAGUGUGGAUGUUUUAGAAGAUAGGAUUUCAAUCUUUGACACUGGCAUAGGUAUGGAUGGCAGCGAUGAAAAUUCUAUAGCAAAAUGGGGAAAAAUGGGUGCCUCACUUAACCGGUCUGAAAAAGAACAGGCUAUUGGGGGCAAACCUCCAUAUCUAAUGCCUUAUUUUGGCAUGUUUGGGUAUGGAGGAGCUUUUGCCUCCAUGCAUUUAGGGAGACAUGCUUUAGUGUCUUCAAAAACAAAGGGUUCAAAGAAGGUAUAUACUUUACGUCUUGAGAGAGAGGCGUUGCUCAGCUGUUCUGGCUCUGAGUUUAAAUGGACGACUGCGGGCAGCCUAAGGGAUCCUUUAGAGGAUGAGCUUGCAAGAACAAGACAUGGAAGCUUUACAAAGGUUGAAAUUUUUGAACCAAAUAUAAAGACUAGGGACUUAUUACAACUUCAGUGCAGGCUGAAGGACAUAUAUUUCCCAUAUAUUCAGUGCGAUGAGUUGUCUAACUCAGGGAAGACAAUUACACCGAUAAAAUUUCAGGUUAAUGGCACUGAUUUAGCUGAGAUUGAAGGUGGGGAAGUUGCCAUUACAAACUUGCAUUCGAGCAAUGGUCCUGAUUUUGUUUUACAGGUUCAUUUCUCCUUCAAGCAAGACAGUAAAACCAAGAGUCCAGGUUCAAGGUCAUAUCAAGAAGCCAAUGCACGGCUAAAAUGUGCUUAUUUUCCUGUUGUUAAGGGAAAAGAGAAUAUUGAGAGGAUUUUGGAGAAAUUAAAAGGCGAAGGACAUGAAGUCUCUGAAAAGUAUGAAAACUUUAGUCGUGUUGCUAUUCGGCGGCUUGGCCGUCUCAUUCCAGAUGCUCGUUGGGCGUGGCUGCCAUUCAUGGACUUGAGGCAUAAAAAGGGAAGUGCAGCACAGAUAUUGAAGAGGUGUUGUUUAAGAGUCAAAUGCUUUAUUGAUGCUGAUGCUGGUAUCAAUCCAACUCCAUCCAAGACUGAUCUAGCUCACCACAGUCCGUUUACUACUGCUCUAAGGAAUUUUGGCAAUAAUCUUCGUGAGAAUGAGAAAGGGAUAGACGUCAGAGUCUAUAGAGAUGGGAAGUUAAUGAGUUCUUCGCAACUAGAGAGAGAUUAUCAGGAAUGGAUUCUUCAGAUGCAUGGGCAGUAUGAUGAAGAGGUUGAUCACGGCGAAGAUGAACCUGUACUAGUUCUAACCCCAAGCCCAGCAAAAGGAAAGAAAAUUGGCAUCUCCUCUGAUGUUUCAAGGCUUAACAAAGUUAUUAAGAGGAAGGAGAAAACUUGGGAAGCUGGCCAAAAGAUAAAAAUUUUGAAGGGAGCAUGUGCUGGUGUUCAUAAAAAUAAUGUCUAUGCAACAAUAGAAUAUUUUUUAUUUAGAGGUCUCCAAGGGGAUGCAGGUGGGGAUGGUCAGAUUGUUUGCAGGCCACUUGGUACACCAGAUAAGGAUGGGUGCGUUCUUUCUGAAGUUGAUGGGAUGAUGAGUGUUAAUAUGAAUAGCUCCUUGUCUUUACCUAUUAGUGUAAUUGAUUUCGAAAAGUGCUUACCUGUUGAAAAUGCUGAAUGGAAUAACCAGAUGGAUAAGCUUCUUCAGAAAUUUCCAUCUACAAUUGACUUGCUUAGUCCAAAAGAAUGUGAAGAAUUAGAGGUUGGGGUAGAGGAAUUGCCUUGUACUGCUACUGCUGGGAAAGUUCCUCCCAAGGAAGUUGUAGCAGUUGUUCGGCCUGGAAAUUAUGUAUCUAAAGGUGAUUCUAGAGUUCUGGAGCAGAGAUAUAUAUUCAAAUCUAAUAUAGAAAUGCUGUUGGAAGUAAAGUUCAUUGGCGAAGAGAAAGAUCCUCAAAAACAUGAACACGUUUUAUCGAAGCGGGUCUCUCCUUCUUCAAAUCAUGGAGUACAUGGUAUAUACGUCUUUCCACUAAGGUGCAAGCUGAAGCACCCACAUUUGUUUCAAAAAGCUGGGGUCUACAAAUUUUCAUUUUCUCUUAUUGAUUCAAGUUGUGAGAGGCUUGUCAAAAGUGUUAAAGUCAAGGCAUCUUCUGAGAUCGGGAAGUGGGCAAUUUUAAGAGAUAAACAGAGCCAAUCAUUUAGUGUGAGUGUUGGUUCAACUUUGAGACCUUUCUCCAUUGCAUGUUAUGAUAUCUAUGGCAAUAGAACUCCUCUUCGAUCAAAUCCUGAAGUUGUGGUCCAGCUCCAAGGAAAUAAGGACUCAGUUUCUCAUGUUAAAAAAAUUGAGAGUGGCCUUUCAAUUUCAGAAGGGAAGCUAAAAAUUCAGGGCUUGCUAAUUGAAAGCAGUGACUUGGACAAGAUCAGACCUGAUUAUGAAGCCACUCUAGUCAUAUCUAGCUCAGAUCAUAAAUUCUCAGUUCCCAUACCUUGCCAUGUAACUCCAGGUUGUUUACAACUUGUUAAGGCCCAACAAGCAAUUUUGGCUAACCAACUUUUGCCGGGAUGCAUUGUUAAAGAGCUUGAAUUAGAGAUGUUGGAUGCAUACGGUAAUCAUGUUAUGGAAGGCUCUGAAGUUCAGGUGGAUGUACAGGGAUUUCAGAUGCUAGAUCACCUAGGCCCCAGGCGUAAGGUGGAUUCUGAUGGAUGUGUCGACCUUAGUGGUCUCUUGAAAGUAACAGCCGGUUAUGGAGAGAAUGUAUCAUUCUCUGUAUCAUCAAAGAAUAAAGUGUUUUUCAAACAAGAGUUUCAGAUUGAGAGACGGGAACUAAGAAUUGCAUCGAAGGUACCUGAGAUUCUUACCACUGGUUCCAUACUGGAAAACAUCAUUUUUGAAAUUGUCAACUCUGAGGGUAUUGUUGAUGAAACUAUCCACCAUGAAGAAAAAACUGGUCUAUCACAUAUGCUUACAAUUAAGGCUGAUUGGCUUGAUAUGGAGGAGUCCACCCGAUAUACUUUCAAGCAUGGGCGAUGUGUUGUUCCUGCUAUACUUUUAUCUAAAACUGAGGGGACCAUUUGUUUCUCAGCUUUCCACUCUCGUCAUUCAAGCCUUAGUGUGAAUGUUAAGGUUCAUAUGAUCAAACCCGCGAUACCAACUCCAAAUUUGGAGCAUAAUAAGGUUUCAUCUACUCAUGCAUUGCUUCUUCAGGACCCAAGUUCAAUUAAUCAAGUUGGUGUAAACUAUAUCAUGUCCAUUGAGAAUAAAAAAAAGGCCCUUGAAGAGAAGAUAUGUAAAACUGGUUUGGCAAUCCAAGUAGUGGAAGAACAAUGUGCUAAGUUAAACAAAAAGAAGGAAGAAGUUGAGCAAACUAUAAAAGAAUUGCAAGAUUCCACUGAAUCACAUUCGUUGGGAUUCUUAAAUCAUUUGUCCACGAAAGAGGAAGUAAUGGAGGAUAUAGAAAAGAUCAGUAACUCUGCUGCUGCCAUUCUUUGCAAUAUUUCGAGGGUAGUUCCAUUCCAAGAGCCAGAGAAUCAUUUAAUGAAAGACAUAAUAGGGGUGGUUGCUUUACUUGGUAGAGUUCAAUAUAGCCAGCUUAGCAGGAUAUUGUCAGAAUAUUUGGGUGUAGAUCAAAUGCUAGCUGUUGUCACCAGAUCUUUUGAAUCUGCUGCUCAUCUUGAAAUGUAUACACAUACUGGUGAAGUUGAUCGCAGCAAUGCUCUUCAUGCUGAAGCAGCCAUUCUUGGGAAAUCCAUAAAUGGUCGAUUUACUGUUAUGUGCCUUGACAAUAUAAGUCCAUACAGAGGUGGCUUUGAAGAUCACCCUCAGGGGAAGCUGGCUUUACCACUUCCUUGUUUUAUUGAUGGAACCAUUCCAAAAGGUUUUCUGGGAUUUGCCGUAAAUAUGAUUGAUUUAGAUGAAGAUCAGCUAUCCAUAACAAACAAUUCAGGCAAUGGUCUUAGAGAGACGGUAUUCUAUCGCCUUCUUGGUCAGCUCCAAGUUUACCAAACCAGGGAAGACAUGCUAGCAGCCAGUGCUUGUAUAAAACAUGGCGCUGUAUCACUAGAUGGUGGAAUCUUGAAAGAAAAUGGUGUAAUGUCUUUUGGAUUUAGUGACCCCGGAGUAUGUUUUCAAGUUGUCACGACAAACAAUGAGAUGGCUCUUUCUCAAGAAAAUUUGAAGCUGCUCCAAGACCAGAAAUCAGAAUUGAAAACCAUCGAUGAUAAGAUAAAACAAAAUGCCAAACAUCAUGGGCAAGUUUUAAACUAUUAUGAAAAGACAAAGAAAAAGUUAAGCAAGUUGAUGGACGAUGUGGAACGGAACCUAUAAUGAAACAAGGAUCCAACACAGAAUAGUUUCUACAUUAUGAUGACAAAUCAAGUCAUACCUUCUCUCCACUUUUAAUUUAAUUUAGGGGUGUAUAUAUAUGUAUAGAUGAAGUACUUUGGGGGUUUUACUUUUCAUCAUAUAUUUAUACGUACAAUAUGAUGAUAAGGAAGUUAUACUUUUUUAUAGUUU